AGUGGCGCCCUCAUAGCCGCGGCGACAAUAAAUUUUUCAUUCUAGUCUAUGCGGUCCCUUGGAACCAAAACGUGUGUUUGUUGUUUCGCUAGCCCUAAUAGUUUGUCCUGCUUUUGAUCCUAAGUGCUACGUUAAUCUGAUUUUAAAGUUCGUUGAAAAUGCCUCCCAGGGGUCGAGGACGUGGUCGUGGAGGUGGUGGACACAAGGGCCAGAGGCGCCACUUCACCAACUUUGAAGAAUUGGAGCACGAGAAGGAGAAGGAAGAGCGUAGCAGACAGUGGAGGGCCCAAAGAGGAGAGGGAGAUGAGAGCGGGUCCUCCAAUGAAGGAUCGGGGUCUGAAUCUUCUGAUGAAGAAGCGGCUCCAGUGGCUGCAUCGGAGGGUACAACCGAAGAAGCACAGGAAAAUGACAAGGCUGCGCAAUCUGCUGAGGCUAAAGCAAAGGGUGUGGAGCAUCUCAUUGAGAUAGAGAAUCCUAACCGUGUUGAGAAGAAAGCAAAGAAAGUGGCGCAGAUCAGUGAAAAAGACAUGGAACAGGCCCCUCAACUAUCUCGGAGGGAGAGGGAAGAGCUAGAGAAGCAGAAAGCUCGUCUACACUAUCAAAAGAUGCAUGCUGCCGGCAAAACGGACGAGGCGAGGGCAGACUUGGCACGUCUGGCACUCAUCCGCAAACAGAGGGAAGAGCAAGCAAAGCGGCGUGAAGAAGAAAUGAAAGCAAAAGAAGCAGAAAAGCAGGCCAAGGCAGAAACCAUCAACCGAGCACUGGGAAAGAAGACAUGACGGCAACACAAAUGCUGUCCAUUUGUCUUCUGUUUACUCCCUGCCUCAGAGGACGUUCUUGCAAGGGCCUCAUUUUGCCUGACGUGUUACCUGCUUCAGUUCUUGCGUCGUGGACGUUUUGAGUGCUUCGAAAGACAGCAGGCCUGUGUGCCUGCUCCAACAGUGAAAACGAUUGUCGACGUUUGCUGCGGUUCGCACUCGUGUAUGUUUAAUGAGAAAGCGGGUAUAAAUGAUUGAUGGAGGUACAAAUAAAAAGUGCAUGUAAUGCUCCUUACGUAUGCAA